ACUAAUCGAAUAAGUAAUCAACAUGUUUCGCGAAAGGAGAAGUACCCUCACCCCGCAGCAACGGUUUGAGGAUAACGUUAUGGCUUUCGACUAUAAGAAAGAGCUGCAAGGUAUAAAUGGGACAAGAGAACGGGGCUUUAUAAGAUGAAGCGGUCAUUACUUCAAAUUGGUCUUCAGUGGACCUUGUAUUUUUUCACGACCAUCUACUUUCUCUGUCGAGUGCACAAAAUGUCCAAAAAGGAUCCGAUCGAGAAUCCUGAUCUGACUUUUCAAAUAGCCUAUUACUUUUUUGACACGACGUUUCUCGUCGUUUUGUUCCUCUCGUUUGGAAGGCAGGCAAAAAUGAUGAUGGACGUUCUGGACGAUUUGCAGAUGAAUAAUCACCAGUACUACAGGAGAUAUAGGAAUGCCAAAAAGACGGGUCGCAUUUCAGCCGCAAUAUGCGUCGGUUGCUUGGGAACGCUAGUUCUUCAAAUCUGUGAAACGCUGCUAGACGAGGGCUGGAGCUGGACAGCGUUUUGGACGUACUGGGAGGACGAUGCGGCGUGGGCGUUCGGUGCACCAGCAAUUACGGAUAUUUGCCCAACCUGUUUUGGCGUGCUAGCUCUGACAGGGAGUCUGUUGGAAAAAAUGCUGAAUGCAUUUUCUGACGUCAUGUUUACAAUGACGGUUCUGAUGUGGUACAACUUGGUGAGCAGUUUCCUGGACGAUAUGAUGCGGACUACGAACAAUCCCGAGGACGAAGACUUUCAUCCUACUGUGGUCUUGGAUCAUUACAAGUGGAUAAAGUACAUCACUGGGAAAAUAAAUGGGGCAAUGGCUCUCAUUAAUGGUGCUUUUAUCGCGGGAAAUUUACCAUUCUACGCGACCAAUGUUUUCGAGGUUGCGAACGGCGACGCCAAUAUUUUUAUGAGGAUGCGUUACUCUUUUUAUUGUAGCUACUGGUUUCCCUCCUUAAUGAUAGCGGCUGCCGCGAAUGCAAAGUUCCAACACAUCAAAUCGUGGAUUUGCAAGGAAGAGAACUAUUCUCUAAUUCCAGACUUAAGGUUACGGGUUUUCCUCCAUGAGAUCGCGUAUCAAACAGUUGGCAUAGGUUCGUUUGGAAUUAUUACGGUGACAUGGAAUACCGUUGGAUCGAUUGUCAGCCUGAUAGUAUCCUAUGCCUUGAUGAAGUCUCAACUUAACUCUAUCAAACCGGAGGAUGCGGCCGGGGCUUUGAAUGAUACAAGUAUCGCUGGAGCUGCAAACUUCACAGCGUUGUUCGACCUUGGUUUACGAUGAGACGAAUAAUUUGUAUUUGUGAGCAAUUCUUUCGCCGCCAAUAGUUGAUAACUUAUCCUGGCACAAUGACAAAACUCGGAAAAUUUAUUAAUCAACCUGUUAUAAAAUGUGUAUAUUUUCUCACCAAAACUUAACCUCAAAAUUAAUUGUUGCAGGGAUGAACCCUGGUAAGUUGCGAAACUUUCCCGGAUUCAUCCCACAGCUAAAUAUAAAUAUUAGAGAGAUAAUAUGAAGAGAGAGAGAAGAGUUAAGUUAGUCGGUAGCGAGGACUCGAGAGAUUAGGAUAAGAGAUUUAGGAUUAAGUAUGUACGUGUUAAUAGAAGUCAAUACGAAAAUAAAGUUGAAAUAGAGAA